AUGAAGAAUCCUAAAGAAAUGACUGAUGAAGAGCUUUAUCAUGCUCUAAAAGCUCGUAAAAUUCGUUUAGGUGUAGCUCACGAAGUUGCAAAUACUUAUUCACCACGUCGUGUAGUCUUAACAACUAUUAUUAGUCCUGUUCAUGCAGUACGUCAAGUUAGUGUUAACGUAACUGGUACAGUUGCUCAUGAAUAUACAAAGUCAAAAAUGGAUGAUGUGGCCAAAGAAAUGGAUCAAAGAGGUCUUGACUCUAAAAAAUUUGAUAAUGAUCCUGAAACUGAAGUUUAUAUAAGUAAAUGGGUUAAACUUUGGAAAUGUGUUAAACUCAUUGGUUCCAUCGUAGCUAUCGAUUUAUCUGAAGUUCAUGGGUUGAUUGAAGUUGUAAGCGAUUUACAUGAAGCUGCUGUCGACUUUUGUGAUGUUAUUAAUGAUAUUAGUGAAUUAUGUCUUGCUAUAAUGGAUGGUGAUCAUUUUGAUAAUGUUCAAGAUGGAUUUAUUCAUGCUUCAAAUGCUGUAGAUAAUUUAACUGCUGUAGAUAAUUUAAAUUCUGAUUCACUUUUUGAAGGAUUUAAAAAUGUGACUUCAUCUAUCGAUCUUUCAACUUUUAUUAAAGUCUUUACGGAUGAUAAAAAGGUUUCUACGGAAAAUACUGUAAAACCAGUUAAACCUAAACGUUUCGUGGUUAAUAUUGCUAAUCUUCGUAAAAUUUUGGAAAAUCAAAUUUCUAAAUGUCCUACCACCAGACAAUUAUUCAUUUCUUCAAAAUCUGAAAAUACUGAAAAUUUAACUACGGAUGUGACAAAAGAUGAUAAUGAAUCAUUGACAAAAGAGAAAUCUGAUUCUGUUCUCAAUGAACGUAUUCAAAAUAUUACUACUGCGGCUGCUUCAAUUAAUAUUUCUAAUAUUG